GUCCUUGUAUGAGAUUUUACAAAAAGUGAGCUUUCUCUGCACCUCAGCACAGUCUCAUUUUGUCUUCCUGGACAUUGGCUGGUGCUGUGCCAUCAUGAAACUGAAGCUGCUUCUCCUUUGCCUCUUCUUGGCUGUGUUCCUUAUACCCACAGAAUCAAAACCCAAACACAAAGACAAACAUGGAGACAGACGUGGACCUCCAAGACACCGUGGGCGCGAAAAAAAAAAGUAUAAGUUUGAAGACAUAAUUGAAGACAUCUUCUUCGGCGAUGGAAGUGAAGAUGAUGAGGAUGAUGAGACGUUGAAUUCAGACUGGCUUUUUGAACUUCAGGAUUUGGAUGGCGAGUGUACACCCAAUCCCUGCCUCAACAAUGGUGUGUGCAAAGAAAAACGCAGAAGAGGGUACAAAUGUGAAUGCCCCAAGCCAUUUAGGGGGAGGAAUUGUGAGAAAGGCCCUAGAGUGUGCAGGAGAGGUGUUUGUGGAAGGGGCGAGUGUGUGCUGACUUCAACCCCUCCUUACUAUGAGUGCAAAUGCAAAUACCCAUUCCAGCCUCCAGACUGCAAGCGAUAUUCUGUGUGUGAGCCAAAUCCAUGCCGAAAUGGUGGCCAGUGCAUCCAGGAUGGCAAUGACUUUGACUGUCAGUGCUCAGAAGGGUUCCGAGGACGAUUCUGUCAUGUUGGUCCGAACGACUGUUAUGUGGGUGAUGGAGAGACCUACCGGGGGAAUGUGAGCGAAACAGAGGAUGGCCAUGAUUGCCUCUACUGGAAUUCCCACUUUAUCCUGGAAAAUGGAGCUGAUCCCUUCAACUCAUUUGACAACAAAGAUGGGCUGGGGCCUCACAACCUCUGUCGAAACCCAGAUGGGGAACCAAAGCCCUGGUGUUUUUUCAGAAGAGGACGAAAACUGUUGUGGGACUAUUGUGAUGUGAGUCAAUGUGAUCAACCGACAGGUGAACCUGCUACUGUUGAGCCACCACCAUCUACUACUAAAGCUCCACAGCCGACCACCAAGGCCCCACAGCCGUCCGAAGAGACUUCAGUUGUCCCUACAAACCCCGCUAUUGUCUUAACUCCGUCUCCCACUCCAAAACAGUUCGAAACUUGUGGCAUACCUCAACCGAAAAGGGCCCUAACCCGAAUCUUUGGGGGUCUGAAAGUCAGUCCUGGGGCAAUUCCCUGGCAAGUUUCUUUGCAGCAGAAACCGAAGAACUCCAAUGUUCAAUACAGUCACGUCUGUGGAGGAGUUCUGAUUGAGAGCUGCUGGGUUCUGACCGCUGCCCACUGCAUAGAACAAAACAAAGAUAUGCAGGUGGUGAUGGGUACCCUGUCACUGGAUAUGACUGAUCCAUCUGCACAAGUCAUUAAAGUUGAAAAUGCAAUUGUGCAUGAAAACUACAGGGAGACUUCUGCUGCUGUUUUUAAUGACAUAGCUUUGUUAAGGCUAAAGGGGACAGAUGGAUUUUGCGCAAAUGAGACCCAGUAUGUAAAAACCGCUUGUCUACCAAGUGGCCAACUCCCCGAUGGGAUGGAGUGCACCAUUUCUGGAUGGGGAGCCACUGAGGACUCAGAGUAUGGCACCAAUCACCUGUUGGAGGCCAAUGUUCUACUUAUUAAUCAGGCAAAGUGCUCUGAGCCCGAAAUUUAUGGUAAGGUCCUGGAUAAUAGCAUGUUCUGUGCUGGACAUCUACAAGGGGGAGUUGAUUCCUGCCAGGGAGAUUCUGGAGGUCCACUGACUUGCAAGGAGAAUAACACCAGUGUUGUUUAUGGUGUGGUGAGCUGGGGAGACCAGUGCGGAAAGAAAAACAAACCAGGAGUUUAUGCAAGAGUCACUCAUUUCCUUGAUUGGAUCAAGUCAAAGACUCAAGCAUUUCCUUAGAUAACCUUAGGAUAGUUGUGAUGAACCUGCCUGUGUGUUUCUGUUAUUUCUUACCUGCCAUGAUUUAACAUACCGGUAGCUAAAAGAAAGACCUAAUCUCCUCCAAACAUUUUUCUCUUAUAUUUCCUCUCGAUAAUGUAAAGUUACACCCCAGUGUUCCCUCGUGGAUAAAGUGCCAGGCUCCUGCUUCUGUUUCCUAUCCUUUCACUUUUGAACAUGUUAGGUAAAAUAAAUUCAAAUAAUUGACCAGA